GCUCUCUUUGCAGUUCUAUUGCAUUAACUGCAAAAGGCGGUUGUUCAGCUGUAUUGUCCAUGAUGGGUGUCGUCUGUGUUUAUGCUUACAACAUACCAGAGGGCAAGAGUGGGCAGCAGGUGGUAGACAGUCUACAAAAACAGAUGGAUAUAAUCGGCGCAACCAAGACGGGCAACUUCUGUGUGGACUGUGAAACAUACCAGUCUCAUCCGCAAAAUGCUCAACAGAGGUCCAUACACAUCCUACACAACAGUGAGCAGCCAGCGACCUGUUUUUCUGUGCUGGACUCCGGGACUGUAUUAGUGUCUGAUAUGUUAUUUGACUUAAUUAUGAACACGAUGACUCAAGCAAAGUCAGGACGUGAAGGAUUCUUCCAGCAGAGAAAAGGUUUUAAAAUAGAAUCUCGUGGCCAGCGAUAUGAAUUGGCAGACUUUGUUAUUAAGAUUGGUUCUGUGUCCCUGAUGGCAAACUUUAAAGGCGUUCUCAUAGAGGUUGAAUAUUGUCCUUCUCAAGUUCCGGGUGAUUGUUGGAAUCUGAUGAAGGAAAUUUUACAGAGCAUUGUGGGUAAUACAGCUGAUACUCCACCAUCAUACAUAAAAACUAAAAUGGACUCUCUAUACACUCCUGCAGACACUAUCAACCAGUACCUGGAGCACUUCAAUGCCUUCAGAAAAACUGCCACUCCUGGGCAGCAGAACAGAUGAUGGCAGUUUCUCCAGUUCAAAUUCAAACGAAAUAAAAGUAUGUUAAAGAACA